AAUGCUUCUCUUUCAUCUUUCGCACUUCGUUUCGCCUAGAAUCUCUCGCCCCAAUAUUUUCUCUAUCUCACUCGCCGUCGCAGGCUUCGCCGCCGGCAAGCUCUUACCCAUUUCCUCUUCCCUCUCCUCUGAUAUCAACAGAAAAAGAUAAAAAAUUCGCUUAGCUUUUGUUUGAUUUUGCCUUCCGCUUCAUUUUUCCUUUUAUAGCCUGUUCUUUCGAUUAUAGGGUUUUCGAUUUGGUUUCAGUCUAAUAACGAGAGGGGAGGGAAGAGUUAUUAAAAUCCCAAAAAAAGUCAAAAAAGUUUCAAAAAUCCAAAAAGAGAAUGGCGCAGGUUCAACUUCAGGGUCAGACUGCGAAUGGCUCGAGUGUGGCUAUCACCUCUCCGCCGGCGCCGGCAGCGGGAGCAACGGCCACCCAGUUCGGCACGACGUCGCUCUAUGUUGGGGAUCUCGAUUUCAAUGUGACCGAUUCGCAGCUUUUCGAUGCGUUUAGCCAAAUGGGUCAAGUUGUCUCGGUUCGAGUCUGUAGGGAUUUGGCCACUCGCAGAUCGCUCGGCUAUGGAUACGUUAACUUCACCAAUCCCCAAGAUGCUGCAAGAGCAAUCCAAGAACUCAAUUACAUACCUCUUUAUGGAAAACCUAUAAGGGUUAUGUAUUCUCAUCGUGACCCUAGCGUUCGCCGAAGCGGCGCUGGGAACAUUUUCAUCAAGAAUUUGGACUUGUCCAUCGACCACAAAGCACUACAUGAUACAUUUUCAACCUUUGGGAACAUUGUGUCCUGCAAGGUGGCUGUGGAUUCUUCAGGCCAAUCAAAAGGCUAUGGGUUUGUGCAAUAUGCUGAUGAAGAUUCUGCCCAGAAAGCUAUAGAGAAACUGAACGGCAUGUUGCUAAAUGACAAGCAAGUGUAUGUGGGUCCUUUUCUGAGGAGACAAGAAAGAGACUCGUCUGCUAACAAAACGAAAUUUACCAAUGUGUACGUGAAGAAUCUGGCGGAGAGUACUACCGAUGAUGAUUUGAAGAACACUUUUAGCGAGUAUGGAAAGAUAACAAGUGCUGUGGUGAUGAAAGAUGGAGAUGGGAAGUCUAAGGGCUUCGGGUUUGUUAACUUUGAAAAUGCUGAUGAUGCUGCUAGGGCUGUGGAGUCUCUCAAUGGGCACAAAUUUGAUGAUAAGGAGUGGUAUGUUGGUAGAGCCCAGAAGAAGUCCGAGAGGGAAACAGAACUAAGGGUCCGUUAUGAACAGAAUUUGAAGGAAGCUGCAGACAAGUUUCAAAGUUCAAACUUGUAUGUGAAGAAUUUGGAUCCUAGCAUUUCUGACGAGAAACUUAAAGAGAUAUUUUCUCCUUUUGGUACCGUUACAUCUUGCAAGGUGAUGCGGGAUCCUAAUGGAAUUAGCAAAGGCUCGGGUUUUGUUGCUUUCUCAACUCCCGAAGAAGCAACUGAAGCUAUGUCACAGUUGAGUGGUAAAAUGAUUGAAAGCAAGCCACUCUAUGUUGCUAUUGCACAGCGGAAGGAAGACAGAAGGGUUAGACUACAGGCUCAGUUUGCCCAAGUGAGGCCAGUUGCAAUGCCGCCAUCUGCUGGUCCUCGCAUGCCAAUAUUUCCCCCGGGUGGUCCUGGUGUUGGACAACAAAUGUUUUAUGGUCAGGCCCCACCUAACAUGAUUCCUCCCCAGCCCGGGUAUGGGUACCAACAGCAGCUUGUUCCUGGAAUGAGACCUGGUGGGGGGCCUGUACCCAAUUUCUUCAUGCCAAUGGUUCAGAAUCAGCAGCAGCGUCCUGGAGGAGGAAGACGCCCUGGAGGGAUCCAACAGUCCCAGCAGCAAGUUCCCAUGAUGCAGCACCAGAUGCAUCCAAGGGGUAGGAUGUUCCGGUAUCCUCAAGGGCGUGGUAGUGGUGGUGAUGUGCCUCCAUAUGACGUGCCAUUGCCUAUUGGAGCUUUGGCUUCAAAUCUGGCUAAUGCUUCUCCAGAGCAGCAGAGGACGAUGCUGGGUGAGAAUCUGUACCCGUUGGUGGAGCAGCUGGAGGCAGAGUCUGCAGCCAAAGUGACAGGGAUGCUUUUGGAGAUGGACCAGACUGAAGUUCUCCAUCUGUUGGAGUCACCAGAAGCACUCAAGGCCAAAGUUGCAGAGGCUAUGGAUGUUCUCAGGAGCGUUGCUGCUGGUGGUGCAGCCGAGCAGCUCGCGUCCUUGAACCUCUAACUUGUUUCUUCCGUUUGAUCUUUGCCUUAUGUUUCUCCCAUACAAUCACAAGUGAAGUUGUUUCUUCUCUUUAUUCGUUUUCUACUCCCUGGGAAUUUGGAUUCCUCAUAACUACUUUGUGUGGUUUUAAACGUUUUUUUUAAAUUCAAAAUUGGAGAAACGUAUCUGCUUUGUUUUGCUUAA